AUGACUUCACCAGCCAACAAUAUUGCACACACCCUCUUCAAGCAAAUCAAUUUCAGAGCCAAUGGUACCUUACUCACCGAACAAGUAGACAUGUACCAUCUUAAAGCUUUCAUACAGACGAUCCUUAAUUAUGACAGGAAUGAUGGAGAGACGAUACUCGAACCAGCUGGAUGGCGGAACGAAAUUGAUUCUCCUGUAACCUACACCGCUGCAAAUGUCAAGAUGGAUGAUGACGCGUAUACAGCUCUUUCCAUAAAUCAUCAAGAAAGCAUCAAGAGACAGAGAGCAGUUGCAACAGAAUACUAUGCAGGAGGAAAGAGGAGAAUCUUGAGAAUGAAACCGUUUAUAGACGCAUUUCACCAAGGAAAAUGGAUCGUCCCCAAAACUCUUUUGGAAUUGGAAUUUUAUCUGAAUCCAGCAGCUUUAUUCAUGAAUGGAGAAGCCAAUCCACCCAGUGAGGAAGUCCGAGUCAACCCAGAGGAUAUUAAACUUACCUUCUUUCUAUGUCUGGUGUCCCUAAAUCCAGCCGUCUACAUGAGCAUGAUGAGUAUGAUGACCAAAACCCCAACCAAGUAUCCCAUGAUCCGUACCGAGAUGAGACAGUUUCCCUUAGACAAUGGGGCUACUUCUAAAGAAAUCAACAACCCAUUCAAUGGAAAGGUGCCCCAAAGAGUCAUCAUUGGUAUUCUGAAAACUACUGCAUUCAAUGGUCAAUACAACGAAGACCCCUUGGCCUUUGGAAAAUUUGGGGUGGAAUACAUCAAACAAAUUGUGAAUGGAGAAGAAUACCCAUACGAGACUUUGGAACUCAACACGGCUAAUGGUCAAAAAAAGACUUGGUGGGUUAUCACCGAUUUCUGGAUGCUACUGGCUGUCUGUACAGAAAUGCAGGAAACAUGGUGCGAUUCAAAGACUGGGGUCAUGGAAAAAAUUGCACGCUGUUUGCGUUUUCCAAUGUGGCCAAUGGAAGACACGAUGACCCGGUUCUUCUACCUAAAAAUGAAGGCUUCAUCAACAUUCACAUUAAAUUUGCAGGGCAAGCAAGUCAGAAAAUGGUGA